AUGUUUGCUAUACAGCAGCCAGAUGAAUUAUCCUUUGAAGAAGGAGACACACUUUAUAUUUUAGAUAUGUUAACUGAUCCUAAUUGGUGGAAAGCAAAAUGUGGUAAAAAUACAGGAUUAAUACCAAGUAAUUACGUUGAGGAUAAUACAGAAGAAAUAUUACAUCCGUUACACGAAGCAGCAAAAAGAGGAGCUUUGCACUUACUACAAGAACAUUUACUAAACAAAGUGUCUGUUAAUGGAUUAGACAAAGCUGGAUGUACUGCACUCCAUUGGGCUGCACAUGCUGGUUAUUUAGAAUGUGUAAAUGAAUUAUUAAAAGUGCCUUCAAUUGAAAUUAAUGUUCAAAAUAAAUUGAUGGAUACACCAUUGCAUUCAGCAGCAUGGAAAGGACAUAGUAAUAUUGUUAAAGUAUUAUUAGAUUCUGGUGCUGAUCCAAAUUUGAGAAAUAUUGAAAACAAAACACCAUUUGACUUGGCAAAAGAUCCACUCACAGCUUCUAUACUUAAACCAUAUGCCAAUAGAAACUCUGUUUCGUCCGCUGUUGAAGAUUAUGGCGAUUCUGAAGAUUCUGAUUAAUAUUGUUAACAUUAAAAGGUUUUAUUAUAUUGGUUUUUCUAAGGUUUGUACUAAAGAUUUGUUAG